CUUUCCCUCUUACCCCUUUGUUCCGAGCCACAAAAGAACCCCCAGCUUAAAGGUCUCUUUUGCACCAGCUAACCGAAUUUCAAAAUUACUCGAUUUAUUAUAUUGAUCGCCAAGGGGGUUUUCAUGCGCUGAUAGCAGAGAAUUUUGUCCAUGGAGAAGGAAAAUGGGGCGAAUUUCUCUUACAUGGGACGCAACUACAGUGAUCUAUGCGUUGGCGACGACUCUUCGGCUUUCAGCGAUUGUAAUAGCGAUAGAUCCGGGGAGUUUCCAACAGCGUCGUCGCAGAGCCGGCGGCUAUUGAUUGCGUCUGCCUCGGACAACUCCGACGAUCUGAUUCGUCAGCUCGUCUCCGACCUCGAGUCCUGUUCGAUUGAUGACCAGAAACAAGCGGCCAUGGAGAUCAGACUGCUCGCCAAAAACAAAUCGGAAAAUCGGCUGAAGAUCGCCAAAGCCGGCGCGGUUAAGCCGUUGAUUUCGCUUUUAUCGUCAUCUGAUCUUCAGCUUCAGGAGUACGGUGUCACGGCAAUUCUGAAUCUCUCACUGUGCGACGAGAACAAAGAACUCAUAGCUUCAUCGGGAGCGAUUAAGCCACUGGUUCGAGCUCUGAGGACGGGAACCUCAACGGCUAAAGAGAACGCAGCUUGUGCUCUGCUUCGGCUCUCGCAAUUAGAGGCGAACAAGGUCGCAAUCGGACGGUCAGGAGCGAUUCCACUCCUCGUGAGCCUCCUAGAGAAUGGAGGCUUCCGUGGGAAGAAGGACGCAUCGACGGCACUGUACUCGCUGUGUUCGGUGAGGGAAAACAAGAUCAGAGCCGUCCAAGCGGGAAUCAUGAAGCCGCUGGUGGAAUUGAUGGCAGAUUUCGAUGCAAACAUGGUGGACAAAUCGGCGUACGUGUUGAGCAUGUUGGUGUCGCUACCGGAGGCGAGGACAGCGCUGGUGGAUGAAGGGGGCAUUCCGGUGCUGGUGGAGAUAAUAGAGGUUGGGUCCCAGAGGCAGAAAGAGAUCGCUGUGGCGAUCUUACUUCAGAUUUGCGAGGAUAGUGUGGCGUACCGUACUCUGGUGGCCCGCGAAGGAGCGAUUCCGCCCUUGGUGGCUUUGUCUCAGUCCGGCACCAAUCGCGCCAAGCAAAAGGCAGAGACACUGAUAGAGCUUCUACGGCAACCAAGAUCCGGCGGAGCCGCUGCCAGAGCCUCAGACGUGUCAACAUAAGUGUCCCACCACAAAGCAAUCCCAUCAUCUCCAUAUAACGAAAUAAUCAAACAGUGAAAGAGAGAAAAUUUGUGAUAGAAGAAGGAAACAAAAAAACAUGUAAAUAUCUUUUGUGUAACAGAGGAGCUUUUGUAAACUUUGUGAUAAAAAAAAAAAAAAUUAAAAAAGUGUUAAAUUGAGUUUGGUUUUGA